CUAGUUCCCCACGUGGAACCAUUUAAAAGUCGCGAGCAAACAUUAUGCGUCUACUCUGUUCAUGUGAAAUGCACGGUAUGCCUUAACAAAGUGAGGUUUGACUUGCAGUUUAAAUAUAUUCGCUACUUUAUGACUACUGUGUGGUAGCUAAAUUAGCUUAUGAGCUAGGCAGCAAGCUACAUUUCCAUGGCUUUGAAGUUGAUUGGCGUUUCUGACAACGCAGCAAUGCUCCCGGACGACUACGGUUGUGUUGUGGCUAAUCGUUUCUGUCAGCUUGUGGAUGACGAGGCCGACCCGUUCGACUUUAUAAAACAAGCCGAGUUACAGAAGGAGAAGAAAAAGAAAGCAAACGAUAAGACCGUGAAGCCUAAAAAACCUGGACAGAGGGAGUCCCAGAGAGAUAGGCGGGUCCCCGUUUUAGUCGAUGGAGAAGACAACCUGCCAAGAAAUGAUACAGGUGGUAAGCGUUCUGCCCGAGGGGUUGGGGUCCAGAAUGAGAGCAGAGGGGUGGUGGAGGCUGAGAGUGGCACAAGGCGAGCUGUCUUCGGGGAACGCAGGACCAACCAAGAGGAACACCCACAGGAGUACUCCAUCCAGAAGCCAGCUUAUUAUGCUUACGGCGAAGUCCGAGGGGGCGGCAGAGGCUACAGAAACAUUGAUACUACCGGUAGCUUCAACCUGAGGGGAAAGAGAGAAUAUGAACGCUACAGUGGAACAGGAAUCUCCCCAGAGGAGAAGAGAGGAGGACGUGGGCCCUGGAACAGGGGCUCUGUUCAAGACCCUACUUCCAUGGGUGAUGUAGGGGUGAAUGUGAAGCCUGACGCAGGAGGCAUCCCACCUGAGGCCGGCCAACAGCCAGCGGAGAUGGAGGGAGAGAAUCGCCCAUCAGAGGAGGAUGUGGUGGUCCAAGUUGCCAUGGAGAUGUCUCUGGAUGAGUGGAAGGCCCUACAGGAGCUGAGUCGCCCCAAGGCUGAGUUGAACCUCCGUAAGCCGGACAGCAAGGUGCCCUCCAAGGCCAGAGUUAUACACAAGUCCAAACUCAUUGAGAACCUGAAGGCGGAGUCUGUGGAAGAACAGGAAGAGGACUACCACUUCUCCAGUCUGCGCAGAUCUGCCAAUGACAUCACUUCCCAUUUGGAGUUCAACUUUGGCAGCCUGCAGCGCCCCAGCCGAGGGGGGAGGGGACAAGGCAGGGGGGAGAGAGGGGGGAUGACUUGUCACCCUGAGAGAGCAGAGAAGACUGAAAGGGCUUAUGUCCUAGCCCCAAACCCAGAAGACCCUGAGGACUUCCCUGCAUUGGCUGUGGGGAGAUGAAUUCUAUGCAAAUGGACACGACAGCCCAACACUAAGGUCUGCCUUGCACAGUGGGCACACCGCCUCAGACCACAGAAUAUUGGCAGUCCAUGUUCUGAUAAUUUCCCAGUGAUACUACAUUUUCAAUCGCCACUGUUCAUCGCCACCCAGCAGUUGUGAUCUACUGCGAACGGCUGACGUUCCUGUUGGUCUGUCUUGUACUGUAUACACUUGAGUCUUACCAGUUACAGUUAGGGGUGUUCUACAUGAUGUGACUUCAUAGAUGUACAGCUGCAGACUGAACAUUCAGAACACUCGCCACAACACACUAAACAUUAAUCGUUGACUUUAUCCUGUGAUCUGCAACCACUAUCCAACACCUGUUCUCUGUUGCUUUCAUCUAGCACAAUGAAGUGUACAAGAUUGAAAGUACAAAGCUUGGAAAAUCAUGAGUGGUGCUAGCGAGGUGUCCAUGAACAGAAUUCAGUUGGUUUUUGAAGCACAGGAUGUUGCAUGUAUUUUAUUAAAAUGGCAAAUGUAAUUUAUAGAAUAACUGUCAGACAAUGGUGAGUAAGUGGUGGGAUUUUAUUUUUUUCAAAGCUGGUAUAGUCCAUGUGCUCUGAGCAGAUAUAUAUUGCAUGAUAAUCACGAAUGCGAUGUGGCCCGUUAGGACUUUUUAAAUGCAAGACUUACUAUCUUAUAGUAUGGUUCAUCAAAACAAGUACAAAAAUAUUUAAAGUACAAAUCAAUUGUUUUCAGUAUCUCAAAUGUUGACUUAUUUACAGGUGUAAGUACAGCAGCUCAACAAAUAGACUAGAAGCUUCACUGGAGGAAAAGGAAACGGGCAUAGAAAUACAACAUCCAGAAUAGAUAGAAAUGAAAGGACAUCAUGGACAAGCCAUCUAUUAUUCAACAGGGUGGCAUCGUAAUAGUUCUAUGCAUUACAUUUCGAUCUGCAACAUUCAGAAAGAUGCUCCCAAAACAGCAUACCCACCCCAGUAGACAUUGUGCUUGUUUAAGAGGGCCGACUUGAGCUAGGCGUUUCACAACUUCUCAUCUACAAAACACUUAAACUUCCAAAAACUGGGCAUGGAAUGAUCCCUAUCAUACAAAGGUUAAGAAAUCUGAGCGGUAACUAGCUCUGAAGGACAUUUGUCAACAAGCAGACUCAUUAGUUUGACAGUUCAGGAUAAGUCAGGAUUACUAUGGCAACCUACGUAAACAAGCAGGCAAUGUUUAUGUACAGGUAACUUCCAAAAUAAAGGAACCGCCAACAUAGUGUCUUAUAGGGCGUUGGCCCACCACAACAGCUUCAAUGUGCCUGGGCAUAGAUUCUACAAGAGUAUGGAUCUGGUGAUUAAGAUGCACACACCCUUUAAACCCCCUAUGCUCCUCUGAGACCCCUCUUUCAAUGUCACUGAGAUCCCUGGUAGCCAAAAUAAUGGGCAACUGGGGAUUUUUGUACAUGACCCUAAGCAUGAUGGGAUGUUAAUUAACUCAGGAAGCUGAGGGAUAUACUACGUACCUGGUUUGUGGAGUUAGUCAGGUAACUUUCGUCAACUGAGUUCAAAUCAGGAUAACCGGUACAACGAAAGUGGCUAAUCUUUUUAGCCAGGCACAUUUCGCUGCAAUGAAUGAUUCAGAACUAACCUGCUCCGGGGCAGGCGAACUCCAUUAAUCCUGAAUUAAGUUGAGGACCAAUGAAAUCAGAUUCCCCUCCCUCUCUAAUCUCACCUUUUGCGUCUUCAUCCCUUUCUUUUUGAGGAUUAUUUAAAUAUUGUAUUAAUCAAAUAUUGUUUAAAGACAUUAAAAUACCUAUCACAUAUUUAGUAAUGACAGGAUGCAUUUGAACGUUCACACACAGUUAAAACCUUCGUAUUACCUUAUUUUAUCCAUAGGAGUGGGGAAAAGGUUGUGUGCAUUAUAAGCACACCGAAUACUGAAUUAAUAAGUAUUAAAAGACAGCACUUCUAAUAGCGUAUUUCACAUUAUAAACUGGGUGGUUAAAGCCCUGAAUGCUGAUUGCCUGUGGUAUAUUAGACCGUAUACCAUGGGUAUGAC